AAAGCGAAGCAGCGAGAAUGUGUGCCCUCUCGUAGUCUAAUCUCUCUCUACUUUCUCUCUCUAAAAAAAGAAGCCAUGGGGGGCGAGGAGCAGAAGGCUUGUGUGCACCCUCUGGUUUCAGCAGUGGACAAGCUCAAGAACCUCUUAAGUUCCAGUGAGAAGGUUAUGAAAACCUUUUUAUCGCUCCAUUCUCCCUCACCACACACCAAUCCUAUAGAGAUCUUAAAGCGACUUCAGCGAGAAGCGUUCUCUGAUUUGAUGAAGCUCAGGGAAAGACAGGAUAAAACUGAGCGCAUGCUUGCAUUCUUUAGUUCUACAAAGGGAAACCCAUUCCAAGAAUCAAGUACUCAUAUCAAGGGAGAGGUCGAUCUUGGGGGAGCCCUGUUGUUCUUAGGGGAGAGAAAUUUUAGCCAGGUUCAUAACAUCUUGGAUGCUAUAGGAAUGAGGACUGGAGCCCAUACAAGGUUCACUUUUCAGACACCUGUUAGACAGAAAGACACUCUGGUCACUGAAUUUGUUGCUUCCCAGACAAAUGGGGUUGUUGGUGGCACACUUUCUCUUGGAAAAGUGCUCUAUCUGGCAAAUAUAACUGAUUGGUUUUCUUUGAUUGCUAUUCCAGUGGGUGCUAUUGGGAAAGAUCUUGGAACUGUUCUGAAUCCUUCACAGGAUCAUGGUCUCACUGAUUUUUCAGCGUUGGGUCCACCUGUCUUUAGUCAGCCCCUGGGUUGUGCUGCUGGGAUAACCCUACAAGGACUAAAAGGUUCUGCUUCUAUGGCUGAGCUUGUAUCUGGGUUUGGUGCACAAUCUGGGCCUGAGAAUGAUAGGGAGGCUAAUGUCUACGGUUUCAGCACUUUUGCACAAUUACUCAUCCAUCUUGCACAGGGGACGAGACUCAGUCUUUAUGGUCUUCAUCGCAAUACCCGACCAUUAACAAAAGGUUGGAAACAGGGAACACAUGUCAUUUCCAAUCUCCCAUCAGAAUACCCCUCGGGUUGUGACACAUCUCGCGGUAUGUCAAGUUUAGAUGCUACACACAAUAAUCCCUCAAAUUCAUUGAAAUCAGUUGGUCUUAUGCUGGAGUCUGAGGUUGAUGAUAGUAUGAGAAUUGGAGGUUGGUUUGAGUAUCAAAAAACUGAGCUCAGGUCUUUAAACUGGGCUGUCUCUAUUAUAGAUGAUUCUGAUAACGGGCUAGGAUGGGGUUUCAGCGUUGGGGGUUCCACUAUGAGUUCUGCUACCUUAUUGGGAACAGUACCACAAACGGAGUGUGAGAAUAAAUCUAUGCAACUACAAUUGGAAGCCUUCCUUAAAUUGAAUUUGGGGAAGAGAUGCAGCUUGCAGCCUGGAUUUCUUUGUGUGGUUGAUGGGCAAACUCGAAUUCCUGCCUUGAUGCUUCGAUCAAGGUGGCACUUUUAAAGGGUAGAAUUUCCUGUGAAUAUCAGCAUUUUAUGGUCUUGAGAAUGGAAUUCUUUGCAUGCAAGGUCUGUCUACCAUUUCAUAUUCACAUAUGCUGUCCAUUCUCAAUUUUGAGACACUAUGAUCCUCAUUUCCAGGUAUCUUUGGCAUCUCUCUUUACAUUUGUUAUUUGUAGCAUGAUUCAUCCAACUAGUAGAAAGCAAAAGAAAAGGAAAGAUCCUUAUACGUGCAUCAAUGCUUACUCAGUACAUAUUCUUCUCCACAAUGAGCUUCGGAUAGCACACAAUCCAUUUUUCCCCAGCACCAUCUGUUUUAUGAAAUAGUUAAGGAUUGAAAAAAACAAAUCUAGUGUGGACUGCAUCCAAAUAAAAAUUUUGUAGUUUCAAGCGGGCUGGGGGGAAUUGGUGUUGAUUAAGUUAUUUUGGCACUCCUCGAACAAGAAGAUAUGUUGUUCUUUUCAAUUUGUUUUGCUGUUUCUUGUCAAGUUUCUUUGUCCUUAGUCUAACCUACAUGCAUUUCUGUAACUUUUGAUUGGAUGGUUAAAUUUACUGAUGAGCAUUUCUGUGACAACUCUAGUUAGUUAAAUCAUUCCCAGAAAAAUGUGUGAUCUUGCUAUUUUGUAAAAUGUUACUGUAAUUUCUUGAAGGUAUUAUUAGUUCCUAAAUUAAUACCUGACUAGAAAGUCUAUGUUGGCUUUUACCACUCUAUUCUGAGUAGUUUUUUAAAAUGUUGGUAAACUCUAAUCUGCGAGGAAUUAUCAUGGUCCAAAGAUUUUCUUCUGAGAUAUGAAUACAUAUAAUAAAACAGAGUAGGAAGCCUCAAAUUUUUUUUUGAAAAGGGAAGCCUCAAUUAUUUUUGACCUCCCAAUUAUGAUCAGCUCAUUGGACAGUUUGGCAUGCACUAUUCUGCUUAAACUGUUCUCAUAGCUGAAAUAAACCGAGAUAUUUAACAGCCAAAGUACACUGCUGACCUGUAAUCCCCACAGGUAGUUGGGUGGUUGAGCAAAUACCACCAUUCUUAUCGACCUUAGGGCUAAACACUAAGUACAUGGACUAUAUUUUUUUGAAUUCGUUGAUUUGUACAUUAAAUUAUUAAGUAUAAAAGGUGUACACUGUGCUCGUAACAUUAGCUGACCAAAAUUGUGGACAGAGUGUAUAGUCUUGUGCAAAAAAGAAAAACAAAAAAAGCAGGUCACCCACUCCGUUUGGGGGUGAGUAAUUACGAAAGUUGUGCUGGUAACCCCCUCUUUGGCUUGUGUAUCCUCUACUGCAUUAGCCUCUUGCCAGGUAUGCUUGAAGGUCACUGGUAGUGAUCUUUAGUGUACAGAGAUUUGGUCAAAUACUUUUCUCUAAUCUUCAUGGACACAUGGAAGCUCUCUUAGCCCAAUUUGUCACAUUCUUAGAAACACCUUCCCCUAGCAGUGAGGAACAGCAGCUUCUAUUGAGCAGUUUGACGUCUUCAAGAAGAGCUUUGGCCUCGGUUCGAUGUAACAACCCCAAGCGGCCUGUUUAAGACAGCAGCAAAGCAUCUCCAAAAAUACCCCCGCCUCUGGUCCUGAGUUUCCAAGAAAGCAUUCAUCAAAAUUGAGUUUAAUAGUGCCUGUUUCUGGUACUAACCAGUAGUUAGAUCUAGGGAUAAGAUGACUUUCCAGUUAAGUGCUAAAUCGGUCAUACUCUAAAUCUGUCAAUGAGUAUGACCUGGAGCCCUUAGGUUUUUUGCCCAAGAAACGACAGCAUCUUGAUCCUAUUCUUGAUGGCCCUUAACUGAGACUCACGAACCUCAGAUCUGCCUAUUAUGUUCCAGUCAGAUGGCCCACACAGAGGCAAGGAUGGCAACUAUGAAGCAAGCUCGAGGCGGGGAAAGUGGGGGAGAAAUAGGUCACAGAUAAUUGCUUUAUAGUCGCCUGGUGUAACCCAGCAGCUAGCAAACAUAUUAAUUAGGAAAGAGUAGAUCUGACCUGGCACAGAGCAGAUUGAUUCGUCACUGGAUUUACACAACUCAUUGGCUAGUGAGUGAAUGCCCCUCCGCUGAAUAUUUUUGAUGGUGCGAGCCUUUUCGCUAAUGACAAGCCAUCUAAACAUGCAGGAAUGCACCAAGCCUUGCCAGCAAACACAGGGGCCUCGCUGUUAGGCUGCAGAUCAUUGAGAAAGGAUGCAACAGAGAAGGAGCCGGAGGACAUCUCCUAUAAAAAUACCAAAGAGGAGGAGCCAGAGUACACGGACAACAUUGAAAAAGCAAAUAAGACGUCUAUUAAGUUGAGGAAUCUGUAUAGUAAAGUACUUAAUAAAAGGAGGAACACCUAGUAGAUAUUAGAAGUUUCUGGGACAUCUGAUAGAAGUACCCUUUCAAUGAAAGGAAUUAAUUGCUCAUAGAUCCUUUCUUGUUUUUUAAUGUAAAUGAUGCAACCAGAUAUAAAUCCUAGUAGAUAUUAAUUAUUUUUUACUUUUGAGAUAUCUGAUUGAAGUACCCUUUCAAUAAAAGAGGAAUGAAAUGCUUAUAGAUCUUU